AUGGCGCUGACCGCGACGGCUCCAAUGGCGCCUUGUCUAUACACCGAGGCCCGUCUGAACAUUGAGCCUACCUAUGCCAAUUCGACCUUACACAUUCCUACCGAAGGACAAAGCUCGUUCUUCUCGCGCAAACGUUCCAGGAGCGACGAUGCCUUCGCCAACGCAGACGAGGAAGCUUACGCGAAGCGUCACCUGGCUACCGAGUCCUCCAUCUUCUUUCGUCGCCAGAAUAGAAAUCCGCGAUGCUUCCUCUGGCGCGUACUCGAAGAGGGAAGGCUGCUUCACAUCCAGAGUGUCGACUUGAUCCAGGCCCGCAGGAACACACAAGAAAGCGUCAUCACCUUUGCUCUAAGCUUCAGCAAUCCCAUCCGGUCCAAUGGUGUUGCCUUUGCUGACGCUGUCGAGCGUGACGCUCUGGAAGUCUUCGUCUUGACUACAGCCGACGAGCUCUUCACCUUCACCCUUCGCAAGGACCUCCUCCUCCGCGGCUCGCUGCCAUCCGCUACCGACUUCGAUCCUGCUAGCUGCUUCAAGCUCUACCAGUCGCCCUCGUUCAGCUUCCGGACCCCCUACAAGCUCGUCGCUCUUAGUUCGAUGGACUUGCUUGUUUCCCUCAGCGACGGUGGUUUGCUGCGCCUUUCGAGAAAUGUUGGUCAGAAUCAGGGUGCAUGGCACGAGACUUCGUUCAGCGAACCAGGCUGGGGCUCGUCCUUCAAGACUUUCUUCUCUAUGAGAGGCCAUAACACGGUCAAGUUCAAUGGUCUGGAUCUUGAGCCCUCGACUGCUGCUGCUAUCGCCCUGUCGCCAGACGCGACUCACGUCUUCACAGUAUGCCUUGAUCACACUCUCAAGGCCUGGAACACACAGACUGGAAAGUCAGGAGUUCAAACAGAUCUUUUGAAUGAUAACAACAAGGAUUCACAAUCUGCUUCAUCCCAGUUCUUGAUGAGCCCAGCUCAAGGCACCCUUCUCAAGCUUCUUCAAGUCGACGGUAGUCCCGACGGCGACAUGUACUAUGCUGUGACAAACUCGCCAAAGGAUCAUCAAUUCAAGUUCUGGGCAGUCUUGGACCCCGAUGAUAUCGAGCUGGGCAUUCGUGAUGUUCAACCUGACACCAAGCUGAUCCCUCCUCUUGACGAGCUGAUGAAUACGAAUGCUUGGCAACUCGUCGAGUACCACGUUCGUCCUUCCAAAGGUUGGCGCAACACUCAGCUUUGGAUCAGAGUCAGAUCUGGCGCUAUCUGCAAGAUCUUCACCCUCACCUUCGACUUGCUUGCCAGUCCUGAGGACAUUGAGGAAACAUGGCGCAACGAGUGGGCGUUUGUAGACGACGGAUCUCUCACCAUCGAGGCAUUGAUGAACGACCCAUCGUACCCAGGAGAUGCCGACAUUCAACUAGCUGUUGAAGACUACUCUAGUCUCAGUGAUAGAUGGCUUGACUUUUUCUUCUAUCCUGGCAGAUUCAGCAUACCUAUGCUCGAAAGUGCCUUGCACAUCUACAAGAAAGGAUUGAAGUUGUCGACCGAGUCUUCUCGACUCAACAAGGAUAAUCCGCUCAAGGGAAGGAUUUGCGACGCCAUCGCUGCCAAGAUCAGUGUGGAUCAAACUGAUGAAGGUCAAUUGGACUUUGACAAGUAUCAGUCUGAGAUUGCUGCACAGUGGCAUGUCUUCUUCGGCCUCGUGCGACAUCUCCACACCAGACGUGGCGACUCUCUCGCUCUAGCAUUCGAUAUGGAUACGGAUCUUGCAUGGUCGGUCAGAGCAGACCAAGUCGGGCCCGUCAGACGAUGCAGCGAGGUUGAGAUCAUGGAUCUCAACAAAGACGUCUUCCUAACCCAAGAGGACCAUGUCAUUCUCAACUCCGUGCCCCUUUCAAAUCAUCUGACCGAGGAAAUUAGUGUUCACGUCGGUCGCCUAUUUGCAGGCGCGAGCGUUUUCAGAAGGGGCCUGUCUGGUGAAUUCCAAACACUCUUCGAGGCGGCAAGCACAGCAGAGGCUCUCAAGAUCGGCGCCAAUGAUACGACACCCAACGGAACACAUCACAAUCGCUUGGAAGACUUGCGACAACUCUACGACAUAUGCGCUCUUCAUACGGAGGUCACUGAUGAUGACUUCAAUCAAUUAACAGACUCUAUGCAAAGCCUGGGAGGUCUCGGUGACUUGGACAACGAACUCUUCUACGCAGCCAUUGAACGCCUCGCACAGCCACAGCAUGGUUCUGAUAGUGACCAAGCCUUGACACGCUACGGAGACAAGGCAACCAUCCGUGGUGCCCAAGAUACUUUGUCUGUAACGAGAAACAUCAUCCUUGAUCUUCUUGCACUGGUCGUGUUUAUGGCUGGUGAUCUCGAAGAAGAAGAAUUAUCAACCGAGUUCAGACCAUCAGAGUUAUAUCAGCAGCUUGUUGUGAAGCUCAAUGAACACAAUGUUUUGCUGUGGCUUGCUAGUAAUGUGCGCGAGGAGCCAGCCAAGAACGCACAAGAUACUAUCGACAGCCCUGUGUCCAAAUCUAGCAAAUCUCAGUCCCACCCAACUUUGACGGUGCUUGAGAGUAUCUUCAUUGGAGACUGGCACACGUUGCGAUCCCCGACCACGGAGAAGCUUCCUUUCCUCAUCACCUACUGGUGCCGUGCGUGGACGUAUGGAGCCAAUAUUUCCGAAACUUACAAUGGCAUUGUCACUCACAUUCUGGGAAAUCUUGUCAAAUAUCAAGACUACGACCUAGCUACAGAUUUCCUCAGAUUCGUUCCGGAAAGUCCCUGGGCCUCCUAUCUCCGGGGCAGAUUGAAUCUUGCUACUGGAGAGUAUGCCCUGGCUGCUGAGUACUUCAAACAGGCAGCUGAUUCGCUUGCUGAGAAGAGCCCCGGCAUCAACACGCUAGACACGUCAAACCUGAUCGACCUAGAAGCUCGCAACUUUUUCAACAACGAACUGCCUCGCUACCACCUUCAUAUCUCAUACCUAUAUGAGCGCAAUCGACUACACGCCUACACUGCCGAUUUUGCUUCGCUGGCUCUUGAAGAGUUUGGAGUCAACUUUGAGAAUUUCGAUGACAAUUCGUUGCUUGAUCUGGACACACGCAAGCAUGACAUGCACGGUAGUCCCGCAAAUAUGAAAGCCGGUCUGGUGGUCGAGGAGAUCAAGCUACUGCGUGUGCAAGAGCUGAGGGCAGAGAUACUCAUGCGCGUGUUCAACGCCUCGUUGCAGAUCUGCCGCUACAAGACUGCCUUUGAGGCUUUGGUUAUGUUCACCAACCCUGUGCACCGAAAGACUUCACUCAAAGCCCUCUUGCAGUCGCUCAUUGCAAGCAACAGGAUUGACACACUUCUUUCUUUGCCAUUCACAGAACAAUUCUUGCCUGAGGUGGAUGAUAUACUCUUGUCAUUGGCACGCAAACAUCUGUCAUUCUCACCAACACCGACACCGGGACGACCCCAAUAUCAUCAAGUCAUGUAUACCUGGCGCAUUCACAACAAUGACUUCCGAGGAGCUGCCGAGAUACUCUUUGAGCGUUUGCAACGUCUCAGACAUAGCACAGCCAAGGUAUUCGAGCCUGAUGACGAGACUCUGGUUGAAGCAUACUUGGUUCUUAUCAAUACACUUGCAUGCUGCGGCAAGGAUGAAGGAUGGAUCUUGGCAGAGAGAGUCGAGGAAGAGUACCAGCGUGGUAAGAGCGUUUCAGCCAAACACAACAAGAAGCGCAAGAUUGUUACACUAGAGGAUGUUCGCAAGGAAUACCAGGCAGAGCUGGAUCGCAGAAGUGAGAUGCAGCAAGGCAGAUUUGCGUUGACUGCAGGUGACGAGAUGGAUAUGUUCUGA